UCACACGGAAGUCCAACUCCCAAGGUUCAUUCCUUACACCUGUCUCCUUUCUCCCAGGUUCUCAUUCCUCUCCUCUAUCUUCCUUCCUGACCCCCUUCUCGAGGCUUCCGCGUUGUCAUUUCCGCGUGUCCGCCAUUCGCCGCUGACGAUGCGGUGAAGGGCGAAGAAACCUAUACACUAUAUCGUCGCGUUUCUCUUAAUCGUUUCGUUACAAGUGUCGCGAAGUCGCAGCGAUGGACGUGCGACGAAUGCAUGCGACGGGCGGAAGGCAGGCGCCCGACGGGUCGGACCACGACGAGGCGAAGCGCAAGUCGGACUCCAUCUUCGCUCCGCGAUCGGCGGCGCAGAAGCGGCGACAGUUCGUCGCACAGGUCGCCAUGUUCACCGUCGCAGCGGUCAUUCUUAUCGUCAUGCUCGCCAGACCGUCCCGUCCGACCGUUGAGAGCGGAUCGAACAUGGCGGAGGGCGGAACGGUUGGUCCAGCAGUUUCAGCGACAGAAAACGUGGCACAUGCGCAGGCCAAGCCCGCGUCACAGGCCACAGCUCAGCCUGCCGCUCAGCAGAGCACUCACACCACAGCAAGCCAGGGGGAGCAGGCGAGGCUGCUGGAGCUGGCGAGUCAGGGGGACCACGCCCUCACUGCAUCGGCGCAGCAGGAGGGCUUCCAGCAUCCGUUCCCGUACCGGCUGAAGCGUGAACAAACAGCCAGCAGUCACGCUGGUGAUGCUGCUGAUGGUGCUGGCGCCGCUGCUGCUGCUGCUGCUGCUGGUGCUGCCGGCGCUGUGGGUGGGGAGAUAGGGAGAGAAGCAGGGCACGGUGGGGAGCAGCAGGCAUCUUUCAAAAAAGAUGAGCAGAAAUAUCCCGAAACGGAGCCGCAUAGUGGGGAUGUGCAUGGGGUUGGGGGGGUGGACGGUGGCAGGCAGGGGGAAGAAAAAGAAAAGAGGGUUGAGGAGAAGGGGAGUGUAGAGCAAGCGAAGGAGGACGGGGAUGGGGAUGGGAAGGAUGGGGAUGAGGAGGGUGCGGAUGAUGAUAAGGAGGAGGGAGAGGAGGAGGGUGGGAAGAAGGGGAAGGCAGGUGGGGAGGAUGAGAAGGACGAUGAGAAGGACGAUGAGAAGGACGAUGAGAAGGACGAUGAGAAGGACGAUGAGAAGGAUGAGGAAAAGGAGGAAACGGAGGAGAAGGGGGAGAAGGAAGGAGGGGGCAAGAACGAGGGUGCGGAGAACAGUGAAGCGGGAGAGGGAGGAGGCCAGAAGAAGGGCGAGGGUGAGGAGAAGAGCGACGGUGAGGAGGAGGACGAGGAGGAUGACGAGGAGGAGGGUGGAAAGGAAGGGGAGAAGGCGGACGGUGAGAACAGUGGGACGAAACGCCAUGAUGAGGAAGAGGAGGAGAAGGAGGAGGAUGAGAAGGAGGCGAAGGAAGAGGAGGAGGAGGGCGCGCACGGCAGUGGAGGAGGGGGAGGGGAGGAGGACGGAGGGGCUGGGGGUGCUGAUGCUGCUGCAGAUGGUGGUGCUGGUGGUGCUGGCGGCGACAGUAGUGGCGGAGAUGAUGGGGAGAGGGGCGGCGGUGGUGGUGAGGAUUCUGGGGAGAGUGCAGGCUCGUCGGAGCAGCAAUCAGUGGCUGCAAAGGAAGUGAGAGCGGCGGCAGCAGCAGUGGCAGUAGACCCAGUGGGGGAGCCAGUGGACGUGGAGGGGUGCAGGGGGCGCACAGUGUUCAUCCACAAGCUGGCCCAGGCCUACAACCGCGGGCUGGUGGAGCAGUGCGCCACGUUGCUGCCCUGGUUCUCCAUCUGCCCGCACUUCCAGAACGAUGGCUUGGGGAAGCGGAUCCGCAACAGCAAGCUGCUUCUGCCGUCUGGCCGCUGGUUCGAGACACACAUGUACGCGCUGGAGAUGGUGUUCCACUACCGCCUGCGCAAGGCGUACAAGUGCAUCACGAGCGACCCCGACAGGGCGGACCUCUUCUUCAUCCCCUUCUACGCCUCGCUGGACGUCACCCGCUGGCACUUCGCCAAAAACGCCUCCCUUGACGACCGCGACCGCAUGCACGAUGGCUUGGCCAAGUGGCUCAUGCGGCGAGAGCACUUCAAGAAGCGCAAUGGAGCGGAUCACUUCAUCGUGCUGGGGCAGGGCUCGUGGGACUUCAGGCGGACAGAGGGGUCCCAGUGGGGCAACCGCCUGCUGCUGCUGCCUGAGAUGAAACACGUCACCAAGCUGGUGCUGGCUGCGAACCUGUGGGAGGAGACGGAGGUCGGCAUCCCCCCUCUCACCUUCUUUCACCCGCGAUGGGAGAAGGACUACAAGACGUGGCAGCGCAUAGCCGAGUCGCACAGGCGCACAUCGCUGGUGGCGUUUGCGUCGCUGCGAGACGCGUUCAGCAAGCACAACAAGGCGCUGGCCAAGCAGUGCAAGCCCGCCAAGGCGUGCCGGUACCUGGAGUGUGUGGAGGACCUGUGCACUCGACCGGAGGUGCUCAUGGACCUCUUCACCGAUGCCGCCUUCUGCCUCGUGCCAUCGGGCCACACGGGGGCGCGCCGAGCCGCCUUUGACGCCAUAGUGGCGGGCUGCAUCCCUGUCUUCCUCGACAAUUUCGUGCAAACUGAGUACAAGUGGCACCUGCCCAGCAACAGCAGCACCUACUCGGUGACGUUCGCUGAGAAGGCUGUGCUGGCAGGCAAGGUUGACGUCAUCAAGGAGCUCCAGAAGAUUCCAGGAAAAGAGGUGCGUCGCAUGCGGUUGAAAGUUAUACGAACAGUCAUGCCCUCCGUGGUGUACAACCAUCCUCGCAUGUAUCCGAUGGCGGAGAGGAGAGACGCCUUUGAUAUUGCUAUGGAAGAGGUGGUGAGAAGAGUGCAGCGCAACAAACAAGCAGCGGCAACGGCUUAAAUCUAGAUACCUUAGGGAUUUUUGGUCAGGAUCGUGGUCGUUUUUAGCCGUUGACACCUACCACAUUCACAAUUGAUUUAUAACUGUGCAAGGCGACUAAUGGUUUAUUUGUAGGCCUGUACUUGCCACUGUGCCAUGCCCUUGUUUUGAUAGCGCAUGUCAUGCGGUUGGACAUCCAUGGCCCAUAGGGUAUCAAUAGCAAAA